GAUCCAAAAAGUGGCUAUUUUCCAAAUCCCACCAAAAAAACUUCCAUGCCUCUCCCUUCUCAUCUAAACAAUUGUGGAUGUACUUACUAUAUUGGCGACUAUUAAAGCACGCGCCGUGAAUCAACACCACGCGCUUCCUCGAAAAUGGUGACAUUAGGACAUCUGUUUUUGCCUUCUCCCUUCACUCCUAAGCAUUCUUACACCACAACUACAACUAGAAAUUUUAAUGUGAAAAUGUCGAUUCAAGCUUCGAUGGUGCUCCCUGAAAAUAGCAUCAUAUUAGGUUGUGGUGGGGUGUCACUGGAUUUCUUGGCUGCUGUUGAUUCUUAUCCUAAUCCUGAUGAUAAGAUUCGAAGCACAAGCUUUGAGGUUCAAGGAGGUGGAAAUACUGGGAAUGCUUUGACUUGUGCAGCUCGCCUAGGCCUAACUCCUAGAAUUAUUUCAAAGGUUGCUGAUGACUCUCAAGGAAAAGGGAUGCUGGAGGAACUAGAAGCUGAUGGUGUAGAUACAUCUUUUAUGGUGGUGUCUGAUGGAGGCAAUUCACCAUUUACCUACAUCAUUGUUGACAACCAAACGAAGACUCGCACUUGUAUUCACACCCCUGGAUAUCCACCCAUGAUACCUUCUGAUCUUUCCCAAUCAAAUUUGUUGUCAGCAUUAGACGGUGCUAAGCUUGUCUAUUUCGACGUGAGAUUGCAUGAAACUGCGGCUAUUGUAGCAGAGGAGGCAAGUAGAAGGGGUAUACCCAUUUUAAUUGAUGCUGAGAAGAAAAGGGAUGGAUUGGAUAACCUUUUGAGCUUUGCAAGCUAUGUUGUUUGCACAACUAGCUUUCCUCAGGCAUGGACUGAGGCUUCUUCUAUUCCAAGCGCCCUUGUUUCCAUGCUCUUAAGGUUGCCAAAAGUUAAAUUUGUUAUUAUGACAUUGGGUAAAGAUGGAUGCAUAAUGCUACAAAGGACUGAAAUGGACAAUCUCCUCCCUGAAGAAAUGGAUGUUGACGACCUGUUUGAAAAACUGAAUCAAGAGAAAGACACUAAUGCAACAUUGCCAGCAUGCAUAUCCUCGAAUGUUGCAAAGCUACAUGCAAAAGGGAUAGGGACAAUCAUCGGUAAACUAUUUGUGGGGACAGCUGAAAGUAUACCUCCAACAGAACUAAUUGAUACAACUGGUGCUGGAGAUGCAUUCAUCGGUGCAGUUCUUUAUUCUCUCUGUGCGAACAUGCCACCAGAGAAAAUGUUGCCGUUUGCUGCUCAAGUGGCAGCUAUUAAAUGCAGAGCUUUGGGAGCUAGAGCUGGUCUUCCGCGAUACACACACCCCCGAUUGACACCUUUUUUAGUCUAGAGAGCCCAAGGGAUGGCCAUGUUCCUACUAUUGUUGAAAAUGGAAGCAAAACUGGUUAUCGACUUGGGCUUUUUCUUAUUGUGUUUUUAACGGGGUUCCUGUGGACUGACAUUCUGCUAUUUUUCUUACAGCAUCUACCCUGAAUUU